UACCUCAGCGUGAUUGUCGAGGACACUCCUCCGCUCGCCCAGCGACAGGACUCGGACGUGAAAAGCCCACGAGGUUCCGGCUUGGCUUCGGCGUCAAAGUUGGGCGCGGCUGCAGCUGCCGCCACUUCAAGUCUGUCCGAGACCGACGAUCAGAUGAGCAACGGUUCGGACGGUCUGGAAUUCCGUUGGUGGUACUCCGGAAAUGGGCUGACGCCCGGAAUGGCAGGUCGCAAUCUGCUCAUUGUCAUCAUCCUCUCCGCGGUCUCCGCCCUCCUCGCCAGCCUCCUCAUCUCUGCCAUCCUCUGUAUGGCCCGUCCCUGUUCCUCCUCCCCCUCCACGUCCGUCUGUUGCGGAGCCGGUUUUGGAAGCAGACGGGCCUGGCGACGCGGCACGCAGCCUCAGGCUCGAGUCCAGCCUCGCGAGGCCGGUCAGCUCUUGCACCACGGCGCUCACGUCGACCUCUUUUCGGCCAAUGGCCACGGAGCCGGCUCGUUGAAUGGCCCUUUCCUGUACCAACCGCACCAGCAUUCACCGACUCGUCUGGGCCCGUCCGACGGCCUGUCGUUCGGACCCGCAUCCGGAUUGGCCGAUCUGCCCUACGGAUUGGGCCAGUUGGCACCCGGCGACAACGCCUACCGGUUGGCUGGCUCCUCCGGCUCUGACGUCUGGACCUCGAGUCGUCAGCCCACGGGCGAGUCUGCGGAGGCAGCGCAGCUGCCUUUCUACAUCACACCAUCAUCUGCCGCCGCCUCGACAGCCGUCACUCUUCAGACCCCCUCGACCCCGUCUGGUCGUCAGGUGAGAUGGCUUUUGGCACCGGGCCAGAUGGUACGUGAAGUAGGGCCCUGCAUUUGUCUUCUUCCGUCAAUCGGAAGGACAACAGUUCUGGCCAGGAUGGCAUGA